AGAAACAUUGUGAACAACUUCCUUUAAACCCAUGUGUACACACAUAUAAACACACUCACAGGCACAGCCUAAAGCCCGCCUACUCCCUCCACUCCCCCACGUUCUCAAACUCGUGUUCUUUCACUCGCAUCUGAUAUGCUUCUCCAUCUCAUGAAGAUCACGCUGGCUUUCUUCAAACUGAGACGAUCUUACCUGAAUCCCAUUUCAGACUGGGCGAUCUUACUUUAUCAAACUUGUACUUUUCUUUUUUUUUCUCCGUUUGGCAUUUUGUGUCACAGUGCAUCUGUAUGCAGUGGGUCCAGCAGUGCAGGAGCAAUGUCAUCUCUACUUUCUCAAAACAAAGAUGAGCCACUUAUCAGAAAAUCCCUCUCUGACUCUUUUCCGGCUUCGUCUGCUGCCAACACCAGGAGCCUGAGGCAUGAAAGGCUGUCUAGAUUGGAGUCCUCCAGCUCAUCCGACGUCUCCAACGACACGUCAACAAACCAUGCAGAGUCCUACUUUUUACGCAGGGAAAACAGGCUGUCGGCAAAGAAAAAGGCAGAAGAAGAGAAACUGAACAGUGACUAUAAAAAGAUGUACGAAAAGGCCCUGGCAACAAAUCAAAGGCUCAAGUCCCGACUGGAGACCAGUAAACAAGAUCUGGCUAUGGUUCAGGACCAGCUGCAGGGCACACAGGUAUACACAUUCAGUUUAUUUUGGGCAUAAUAAUAAUAAUAAUAAUAAUAAUAAUAAUAAUAAU